UGAGCAGUGAGCAUGUCUGCACUCAUCGCUUGUCAACAGAAGAAAAAUACAGAAUUGUUAAUUCUUUGAUGUACUACAAUUUUAUGGACGCACGUAUUUAAUAUCAAUUAGUAAAGAACAAGACGAUUAGCACUGACAGAAAAUGUCCCGAAGACAGAGUAGUCGACCGUCGUCUGCUGCUAGUUACAGCAGUCGGUCAUCAACACUCGAUGGAGAAUUAAGACUGGAAUGUAAAGCCGCUUUUCUUUGUUUAUUUGACGAUUUAUCUGAAGAGAUUACUUCGAAAGAAGAUCUAAUUUCAGCCUUACAGCAGACGGGUAGAAAUCCUACUAACAGAUCAUUGACUAAAUAUUGGACAAGAGAUACCAGAUCGCUGACGUUUGAUGAUUUUGUUCAUAUUUGUAAAAAAGAACCUGUAACGACAGCAGAUGAUUUAAUGAAAGCUUUUCGUAAAGUUGAUUUAAAUGGAGACGGUUAUAUUUCAUUAGAUGAACUUUAUAAAUUAAUGACAACGCGUGGAGAAAGAAUGUCGAAAAGUGAUGUACAGGAUAUUAUUGAGGAGGUUGAUGAAAAUAGAGAUGGUCGUUUAGAUUAUAGAGAGUUUUGCAACAUGAUGAUAUCUACAGCAGAAGAUUGUAAAAAACUAUCUCUCAAAGUCAUGGAGAAAAAGGAAAGACGAAAACAACGACGCGGAAACGCUGAUGAUAAUAGAUCAGUCACUUCUAGACGAGAAUCCCAGUUAAAAUCUGUAUCACAGGUUUCAUUACGAUCAAAUAAAUCUGAUAAAGAUGAAGAAGAAAUAAUUGAUGAUGAGACAAUAGAAUCGGUACCACCAAGUAGUCGUAGAGCUUCUCAACAAUCCCUUAGAUCGGUUCGCUCUAAUAUACCGAGUCUGUCUGGGUCUCGUCAAUCUCUUCUCAGUAUUGAUCAAGGUCCACAUGAUUAUCCAAAACCUUCGCCUCGAGGAAAGAGAGAUUUAAAACCUGCAGUUUCUUCUAGAUCAAGUAAAUUAUCCGAACCAAGGAAUCUGCGGGAAUGGACACAUAUCCGUAGUAACGGUUGUUUUUUCUUGGAUCAAGAGGAAGGAAUUGUCAGUCAUAAAUAUCAACUGUAUCUGCCUACAGCUUCUAACGUCUGGAUAACCAUACAUCCCAUCAAGAUCAUUGAGUCAGCGCCAGUUCCUGAGUUCCCUAUUGAUACAGCUCUCUUUAUUUUAAAAAAUAAAAAACUCGUGACAUUUACUGAACAAAGAGAUUCCAAGGGAAAAUAUGGUGUGCGUGGUGAUUUGGAGGCUGGUAAAUAUACGAUAAUACCAUUUAGUACUGGAUGUCGUCUCAAAGUCAGUAACCAUAGAAACAAACAAGAAGCUAAAUUAGUUAAAACAGACAGAGAUGAUAAAGUCGUUAUAACAAAAGUUUUCAGGAAAGCUAUCGAAGAGUUGUUCCAGUUGAGUGAUUUAGAUGGUAAUGGUUUAUUAAGUCGACAAGAGUUUAAUAUGUUUAAUUUACGCAGCAGUGGAGAAGAAGUAGCAGAUGAUGAAUGGAAUGUUGUUGAAGAAAAUGUUGAGUUAGAAGAUGGAGAAAUAACUAAGAAAGGAUUUAUACGUCUAAAUGAAAUGGAAGCAGAAGAUAAUGGCGGAGAUGCGGAAGAUUUGUGGGUGACGUUAACAAGUCAUGGAUUUAAUAAAAAUCUAGAAUUGGAUCAGGCUUGUCCGUAUAAAAUAGAUGUUUAUACUGAAGAAUGUGAUGAUGUUGAGUUUAAAGUAACUGGUAUAGAACCUUUAUCGGAUAGUCUCAAUGAUUAUGUCUGUGAAUCUGUCAUGGCUAAGGGUGAGAGUAGUAACAGUAGAGAUAAAAGAGAUAUACUCCUACAUACAUAUAUUGGUGAAACCAGAGCUACAGUAGUUGCUGAGAAUAAGUCGCGAAGUCCAGUAAAAGUUAAUGUUGAUUGUAGUGGUAGUAGAAACUGUAGUAGUAAUAUCGAUACUCUAGAACCUACUGUAACAGUACCAGCAAACUCUACAGCUAUUGCCCUCCACUUAAUGCCAGAAGAUGAAAGAUCGGAUUGGUGUGUGAAAUGUGAAUAAUCCUACACAAUCAAGUGCAGCUAGCAAACAAAAUUUGAAAUCAAUACAGUUCAACAUUCCAUUAAUUCGUAAAAGAUAGGGCAUAUAUAAUUAAAUAUCUAGGCAUGUGUUCUUUAAAAAAUUUAUUUCAUUUAAUCUGAUAUAUUCUCGAAUUCUUCGGGUUCAAAUUUAAAUGUAAUAUAAAUUGAAAUUUGUUGGUGUUAUAUUUAAAUCUAGGUAAUAAAUUCUGGAAAUCGUUGCGAUUAAAUUUAAAUGUAGUACAUUCUGGAAUUCAAAUAAUUUCCAGAAUUUGUCUGGAUUAAAUUUAAAUCUAAUAUAUUUUGGAAUUUGUUGUGUUAAAAUUUAGAUCUAAUAUAUUCUGGAAUUCUUCAGGCUUAAAAUUAAAUGUUAAUAUAUUUUGGAACUCGACCGGUUCAGAUAUGUAAUACUAGAGUCUAUAUUCAGGUUAGUUCUGUUAGUUAAAUAUAAAUUAAGACUUGGAGAACAAGACAAUAAUUAUGUAAGUUUAAAUUAGCCUUGAAUGUCAAUCUACCAUUUGUUAGUAUCAAUAUCCUUUUAGACAUAAUUUUUUUUAUGACCUUUUUUAGAUCUUUUGUCUCAAUAAUCUCGUUAAAACAUUUAUUUGAUACUCAUUGACAGUAGACUUGAUUAUCAAGUACUAUAUACAGAAUAACGAUGUAGACAGUUACUAUAUGUUUUUAGAGUUAUGGAAUUUUAGAUAUGUUUAAUGAUUUUAACAAUUCAUGUAUAACCAUUUUGUAGAUUUUGUAGUGAAGAAACAUUGUCAUAUUAAUUUUUUUUUACAUAUCAGGGGCCUUAGGCCACAUAUCGAACUUCAUUAGUCCUUCAAUCUGAUUGAAACACAAAUCCUAUUUCAUUUCGUUUUUUUAUAGUUCAAAAUUUCGUUUUAAUUGUCUUUACUACACUAGGAUCUGGAAGAGUUGUUAUCUUACAGGCGUUUUGGGUAAAGUGAGGGAUAAGCCAAUGAAACUGUCUGUAACGGCAAUUUCUUGGCGUGCCAUUCACGGAACUGUGGGUAAACCACUAGAAACGUCAACGCUGAUUGAUUAAUCAAUGUCUGACAUCAUAGGGUCAAAAGCUGCUCGUAUGACCACUGACACGACCUUCGAGUGCAACUUAUUAGAUCUUCAUGUAGUGUAGACCAUGAUAAGUAUAAAAAACGAAACGAAAUAUAAUCUGUAUUUUGUUCAGAUUGUUAGUCCUUUUAUAGUCGUCUUUGAAUUGAUAGAAUUAAUAUUAACCCAUUAUAUCCUGGAUACCCUUUUCCAUGUCAUCUCACGUGACCAGGAGUAGGGUCGCCUGUCCAACCUCGUGGGUUUUCUCUGGGUCCUCCCACUGCUAAAGACCCUUACGCGCAAGCGAAUUAUUGAAAUAAAAAUUAAACCAUAUGUUAGUCCCGAAAUGACCUAGUUUGUGUCGAGUGGACGUUAAACCCCAUUUCUCUCUCUCUCCAUGUCAUCUGUGCAGCAUAGGAAUAAAAUGGGGUUUAAUAUCCGACUGUUCUGCUCGGAUUGUUGCAUCAUAGGAACCCAUAUGUUCAUGUGACACCAACUUCAGUAUUAACACUAUGGUGUCUGAUUUAUAGCGUGCUCAAGUGUGUAUUUAAAGAACAAAUUUUGGGGGCUUCAAAGGGUUAACACUACUUUUUAAAAGUUGUUCAUGUGACACCAACUUCAAUAUUAACACUACAGUGUCUUAUUUAUAGCGUGCUCAAGUGUGUAUUUAAAGAACAAAUUUUAGGGGCUUCAAAGGGUUAACAGUACUUUUUUAAAGUUUUUAAAGAUUUUAGAAAAUUACGACCCUGAUUGUAAUAUUGUAUAGGUUAUAUAAUUGUUCCUGUUUAUUUUGUUCCCGUUUAUUUUGUUCCUGUCUAUUUGUAUUGUUCCGUCCAUUUAUAUUGUAACCUUUAUUUAUUAUACAUCCAUAUCAUUAGCUGUGAUAUCUCAUUUAUUUAAACAAAUAAAUAUUUUAU